CGCUGGAGAGCUCGCUAGCCGCGGUAGGAGUCGCGAGCGGUCGCCGCUGCCUGCAGAUCCUCGCCUGGAGUUUGACCCGCCGCUCUGCAGCUCGGCUUCCCGGCUCAGCGGAGAUGCUGUCCUGCCGCCUCCAGUGCGCGCUGGCCGCGCUCUCCCUGGUCCUGGCCCUGGGCAGUGUCGCUGGCGCGCCCUCGGACCCCCGACUCCGUCAGUUUCUGCAGAAGUCCCUGGCUGCUGCCGCGGGAAAGCAGGAACUGGCCAAGUAUUUCCUGGCAGAGCUGCUGUCUGAGCCCAACCAGACGGAGAACGAUGCUCUGGAACCUGAAGAUUUGUCCCAGGCUGCCGAGCAGGACGAGAUGAGGCUGGAGCUGCAGAGGUCUGCGAACUCGAACCCGGCCAUGGCACCUCGGGAACGCAAAGCGGGCUGCAAGAAUUUCUUCUGGAAGACUUUCACAUCCUGUUAGCUUUGUCAAUUACUGUCCACACCAGACCUCUGACUCCCCCUCCAAACCCCGUUUCUCUUCCCUCAUCCCUCACCCCUCAGCGAGACCCUUGCAUUAGAAUCGAAGACUGUAAAUAUGAAAUAAAAUUAUGAUGAAAUUACGGAAAACAAGAA